AUGUUUCCCGGGAUGUUCAUGAAGAAGCCGGACAAGGCUGAGGCGUACAAGCAGCUGAAAGUCCACGCCGCUAUGUUCGCUGCCUGGGUCGCCGUCAUCCGCGUCAGUCCUUACCUCCUCCACUAUCUCUCCGCCGCCGAGAAGGAAGAGCUCAAGCUCGAGUUCUAG